AUGCGCCAUCUGCACAGGUUUGACCUUGUGGAUGACGACGGCAGCGGCACCCUGGAGCACCACGAGCUCAUGGCGGCGCUGCAGGCCGCGCAGAUACCGGCGGAUGCGGCCUCCAUCGACGAGAUGAUCCAGCUCAUGGACGCCAACCGCGACGGCUGCAUCGGAUGGGGCGAGUUCGAGGCCUUCAUGACAGAGGAGUUUGCGGCUGGCAAGCAGCUGCUCUCUGGCGAGUACCUGCUGCCCAGCGGCACCGCGCUGCCGUUUGGCGCCAUGAUAUCCAAGCUGAGGCGGGAGCAGAUGAUGGGGGAGGUCAUGGCGGGCGGGGAGGCGCGCAGCAAGUGA